GGAGUGUAUAAGUAGCCAUUGAACAUGAGACUCCUCAAAACAUGGCCCUGUCCACCACCCAGGUUUUGGCUCUUCUGCUACUCUUGGCAGGCAUUGUCCUUGCGAAGGAGGAUCCUUCAGCAGCUUCUCCAGGGCUGAAGGAGAGCAAAGUAGAGGCAGAAACAUCUGAGGAUGACCUGAAGGCAGAAGCUACAUUCUUCCCAGUCUUUGGACUUGGAGGAAUCGGCAGAGGAUUCGGAUAUGGCGGCUACGGAUGGGGUGGCGGCUACAAACAUGGGGGAUACUACGGUGGCCACGGGGGAGGUUAUAGAAGAGGUUAUGGGGGUUAUGGAGGAUAUGGUGGCUAUGGAGGAUAUGGUGGAUAUGGCGGAUAUGGUGGAUAUGGCGGAUAUGGAGGAUAUGGAAGAGGAUACGGAGGAGUCGGUGUUGGAUUUGGAGUGGGUUUCUACUAGUCUGGAUCUACGCAUUUCAAAAAUUUCAAGACUGCCCUCCAUUUCUUUCAAAACGUAAACGUUUUACAGAAAACUUUACCCGGCUUGUUUAGUAAAGCUAAAUAAUCUAACUUUAAUUAAUAAGCCAUGGUAGUAAAUUUUUCUGUAAUACUACAAGGUGCAUCUGAUUUUUUGUAUUUUUUAAUUAUUUCAUUCUUGUACAAAAAUUAUAAACUUAUUU